AUGUUAAUCAACCAAGCUCUCGCCAUUACCUUCGCGGCACUCGCAUCUUCACAAAACAUUGGGUCAGGUUGCACUAGCGUAGAGUUGCGCAGAGAAUGGCGCCAGUUGUCUUCCGAGGAGCAACGAAACUACAUCGAUGCGGUUCAAUGCUUGACAACGAAGGAGUCUCGCAUCGGCCUCACCACGAGCCUCUAUGACGACUUCCCUUACGUCCAUAACGCGCUCAACAAAGAAAUCCAUUUGGUAGCAUCAUUUCUCCCUUGGCAUCGCUUCUUCAUCAUGGUGUACGAGGAAGCGCUUCGAGAGUGUGGAUACCAGGGAAGUGCAACUUACUGGGACUGGGUUUUUGAUUCCUCCGAUACCGCCCACUCACCGCUAUGGGACGCGGCAACCGGAUUCGGCGGCAACGGCGGUUUAUACAACAGAUCGAGACUCGGAUGCGUGUCGGACGGGCCCUUCAAGGACUUCCGCCCGGCUUACAAGAGAAACAAGCUCCAACCCCAUUGCCUGAGUCGGGACUUCAACAACGGAACGCAGCACCCCGGUGACAUGUCGGGCCCCAACUACGACGACGCCGCCAUCAGGAGGGUCCAGGCGGCGGACAACUACAACAGCUAUCGGAAGCGGCUGGAGGGCGGGCCGCACUUUGCGAUACACAGAGCCAUCGGAGGUGACAUGGUCCCCGCGACGUCGCCAAACGAUCCUAUAUUCUUCCUCCACCACGGCCAAAUCGACCGACUCUGGUACCUCUGGCAGCAGGACGAUCCCGAGAGGCGCGAUGCCGAGUAUAGCGGGAUCAGGACGCAGAACGAAUUCGACGGUACCGCGCCUCCCCAGGCAUCCGUGGACGACAUCCUCCCCAUGUACGGGCUUGCUGAGGACAUGCCCGUAAGCGAUUUCCUGUCGACGCAGAACGGUCUUCUAUGCUAUCAGUACUAG